AUAGCAAAUAAAAAUACUGAAUAAGUUUUGCAUUAUCUGACAUCAUCAUGUUACGAAAGAUUAAUUGAAAUUUAUUAACAAUAAACUUAUUAUAAUAAGACUUUUUUUAUAAAUAAGAAUUAUUCUUGGAUAAAAGUGACUCAGGAAUUGUACAUUUUUAUUUAAAACGUGAUUAAAAAUAAUUUUAUAAAUUUGGGAAGAUGGCGGAGACCGUGAAUGAUGGAGAUGAGCGAGUUGUAGAUACAAGUGUCACGAGGACGAUGGAAAAUCAACAAGAUAAUGGUGAAAUAGCUACCGUCACUGAAAAUCAAGAAAGAGAUAUUAAUGCUGAAGUAGAUGCACAGAGACAAAAAUAUCAACCAACAAAAUGGGAAUCAUUUUUUGCCAUCCUAAAGUCCUUAAUUAUCCGGUCAUUGAUUAUUUAUUUCAUAACAUCGUUCUUCAGAAAACCGCAAACUGAUCCUGCGACAGUUGGAGGAAGUGGAGAAACUGGUGUUUCAAAGUUACCGGCUUUUAAUAUAUUUGGAAAUGGAACUGUAUUUGAUCUCUAUGUAUUUUUAUCUGAAGCCGAGAGAUUUAAUCACUUUGACGAUCCUAAAGCUUUAAUAUGGCAAGAAAAUGGAUUGAUAUAUGGUGAUUGGAUUACUGGACCCAAUAAUGAUGGCACACGUUAUUUCGCACAUAAAUUUGAACCAUCGAAUCAAUUAAAAAAUAAUGGAUCUAUUUAUUUACACAUAUAUGUUACAAAAAAUGGUAAAUCAAUUAAUCCUAAGGAUAAAGAUUAUUCAUCCGAUUAUGUGUCUUAUGCAAGCAAGAUGUUAAAUAAAUUCAAAAAAGUUAGAUAUGAAAAGCGAGUUAAUUUAUUAACUGGCGAGACUACAGCUAGUGAAGAAGAAAUAAAGAAAGCUGCAAUUAUGAAUCAAGAAAUAGUAUCACAUUGGCAUCCUAAUUUAACAAUUAAUCUGGUAACAGAUCAAACGAAUUGGGUUGCUGGCCAAGUUCCCCCUCCGUUAAAUGAAUACAUCGAAUUUGUUCAAGGUGGAGUGUAUUAUAAACCACCUAUUUAUUUGAAUGACUUUUGGAAUAUGCAACGUGAUUAUGUACCUUUGAAUAAGAGUAUUAAAGAAUUAUCACUUCAUCUUACUUAUCAGCCAUUAUCUUUAUUCAAAUGGCAAUUAUAUUCUGCUCAAAAUAUGCGUAAUAAAUGGACCUCAUCGUUGAUGGGUGAAACUGCUGAUGAAGAUGAUAAUGAUCAAGAUACUUUAAAAGAAGCUAUCCUAGAGACCAACCCAUACUUACUUGGAAUGACAGUUGUUAUUUCAAUACUACACAGCGUUUUUGAAUUUUUGGCAUUUAAAAACGAUAUCCAAUUUUGGAACAAUCGGAAAUCUCUGGAAGGAUUAUCUGUGCGUUCAGUUUUUUUCAAUGUAUUCCAAGCGUUAGUUGUAUUACUUUACGUAUUAGACAAUGAAACAAAUACUUUGGUCCGAAUUAGUUGUGGUAUUGGAUUAUGCAUUGAAGUUUGGAAGAUCAAUAAAGUGGUGGAUAUUUCUGUGGAUCGUUCCAAAAAAUUAUUAGGAAUAUUCCCACACAUAUCAUUCAAAGAUAAAGGAUCAUAUGUGGAGUCUUCAACGAAAGAAUAUGAUAGACUUGCAUUUAAAUAUCUAUCAUGGGCACUUUAUCCUUUACUUGGUGGAUACGCGAUAUAUUCCUUGAUGUAUUUAGAACACAAGGGCUGGUAUUCGUGGGUUCUUAAUAUGCUUUAUGGUUUUCUAUUGACAUUUGGCUUCAUUAUGAUGACGCCACAAUUAUUUAUUAACUAUAAAUUGAAAAGUGUCGCUCACUUACCGUGGCGAAUGUUGUCUUAUAAAUUUUUGAAUACUUUUAUAGAUGAUAUAUUUGCGUUUAUUAUAAAAAUGCCGACACUUUACCGGUUAGGUUGUUUCCGUGACGAUAUUGUAUUCUGUAUAUUUUUGUACCAACGAUGGAUUUAUAAGACAGAUCACACAAGAGUCAAUGAAUUUGGAUUCUCUGGUGAAAUGGAAGCAGAAGCUAAGAAAAAAGAUCAAAUUGCUAUUGCUGAUAGUCCUAAAGACGAAGUUAGUAAGAAAACUGAUUAACCAUUUCCUUUUCAUUUGAUUUUAAUUCACAAUAUAUUAGUUGAAAUUAUUUUAAAUUAUAAUUGUAAUUUUUUUCUUGGUCGUACCAAAGUACAAAAUGUAUAUCAAUAUUUACAUCAUUACCAUUUAAUUGAUUCAAAUUUAAUUUUUUUUAUUAAAAUAAUUUAGCUAUUACCAUCUUUGUAAGUCUGCCAAAGUAUUCAAUUAAGAAUGCUGUAUGUUUUAAUAAAAAAAUAAACAUCUUUAUGUGUAUAGAAAU